AUGUCAGCACAAGGCGCCUCCUUUGUAUUUGAUGACUCGGUUGUCUACAAAAGAUCACCAACCAACGAUGGCAAUGUCUCCCUAUCGUACUCGCAAAACUCGGCAGAGUCUACGGAUAGCAGCAUGGCUGGAAUCAUGCGAGCACUGGGCAACAAUGAUAAAUCGGACGAAUUCAUCUUGCAGAAGGCAGGUGGUUCACCUCCCAAGCGAUUCUCUUCGACCAAUUCUCUAUCAGGAUACUCGACAAACACAGAGGGAGGAGACUCUGUCCUUGUUGGGAUGGAUCUAAUGCAAACGAUCGCUGGCCAACCAUCUGGAGAAAUGGACGAUGACAAACCAUCUGUGAUUGAGUUGCUAAAGACUCCUCAAAAAGUCAAAUCGAUGCCCAAUACACCAAGGACGGUGGACAGCAGUAGCCCUUCGCCCUCGGUCGAUACACCCACCCAUCCUCCCCCCGAUUCGCCACCUUCCAACUGGCUUGGGAACCUUUCUAUUCGUAAACGUGGCAAACAGAAAAAGAAAAAGAAAAACAGUUCGGAACACCAAAAUGACGUAGAACAAGUAGUAGAAGAACAAGAGGAAGUUUGGUAUCGGCGAAGUUGUAAUCGGUGUUUUGCGGACGAUGCUUUGGAGAUAUUAAAUGGAUUCAGGAGGUAA